AUGAAGAGCCAACACGUCGUCCUUAGCUCCAAGACGCAGCUCUCACCUUCCUCGCAGCCCGUGGCGCCUCAGCGGGAAAGGUCUUUUGCGCCGACGCCAACAACAACAAACGAGGAAGACCACCCCAUCGGCAGCACCGAUGCCGAGACCGAGGUGAACCUGUUCGACGGCGCCGACAUGCUUGACCUCCAUAAAGCGCGGUUCCCCAGACUACAAGAUGGGGUCGGAAGGGUUUAG